AUGGGCUCCAAGAGCGAUCUCAACGAGAAGUGGUCUCCGAGCAUCCGCGACGACGUGCGCUCCGCGCGGGACACGCUGAAGUUCCCCAAGGGCACGCUGAGCUUCGUGGCGAAAGGCCCAGACGCACGGACCACGCAGGUGAUGAUUUCCUUGUCCGACCUCACAGGAAGACUGGGACACAAUCCUUGGGAGACGCCGAUUGGUCAUGUCUUGGAGGAGGACUUUCCAGUGCUGGACCAGUUCUUCACCGGCUACCAGGAUGCGAUUGAGGAGGAGGAGCUGCUGAAGAGAGGCAACGGCUAUUUGCAAGAGUUCUUCCCAAGAGCAUCACCCUCCAAUGCCCACUACCAUGGGACCUCGCCCAUCGGUGCACAGACCAGCCCGAGGCCCGUCCUCGCGAUGCACUCCCCGGUGUCACCUCACAGGACCACGCGGAGUGGAUGGGGACAUGCCACAGGCAAUGAUUCCAGCGUGGGGAGCUUAGCUGCGAAUGCCCGGGUUCCAGAUGAAGACUCGGAAUUGUUGGAGCGGCUGACUGCGGCAGCAGAGUGCAGGUGGACCACACAGGAGCUCACCUUUGUUCCAGAAAGCCGCACCCCGAUGACCUCGGUCUCCGCGGGCUACCCGCCAGCCAUGAAUACCAGCGAGCCCCGCGAGCCGCCACCGGCCUCAGCGGCGGCGGCCGCCGCCGCGGAAGCCGCUGCGGCCGCGGCGUGGCCGGCGUUGAGAGCCUUCGAGGAGCCCACCGAGGGGCCCGCCGAGCAGGUCCAAGUGGACCAGGGCAGUGCGGAGACCUCCUCCGCUCGUGGACAGAGCGAGGCGGAGCCGAUGAAGAGCCCCAUGAACUCCCCGCGCACCGUGGCGGUGACCGGUGUGCCCGUGUCGGAGAAGCCCUGGGAGGUCACGGUCGAUGACGAGCCAGAGGUGUUUCUGGAGAUGAUCCGCUUCGUUUACCUGAACACCUGUCAUGUGGAUCAGGGCAACGUGAAGGCGCUGAUGCACAUUGCGGACAAGUACUGCAUCGAGGAUAUCGUGAAGCACUGCCUGCAAUGGAUGCAAGACAACUUCACAGUGGGUCUUUUCUACCACUUGCUCACAGUGCAAAUGUCCCACGAGCAUUUCGGCCGCCUCCUGUGGAAUAGCUUGCUGAAGGCUCUGCGCAGCCGACGUCACUUCGCCUUGGUGACGGCAGAUGCGGAAGAGCACUUCGAGAAACUCCCAGUGUCCUUCGUGGAGGCGCUGCUGCGUUCCGACGAGCUGCCUGUGAUCAGCGAGAUUGAGGCAUCCGGCCCGAGCGGCGGCGUUCUGGGGGGGUGGGGAGCGGUGUUCCCGCGGGAGUAG